CACUCCCCAGAUGACCACCAUGGCCGGAGCUGCGCCGAUCCGAAGCCAGGAGCCAGGAGCUUCCUCUGCUUCCUUCCUCAUGGGUGCAGGGGCCCAAGCAGGUGCUGUUGUCAGGCAUUGUUGCAGCUGGCUGGUGACAAACGUGCUUCAUCUCAUGCUUGUACCUCAACUGGAGGAGACAGACAAUGAACAUCGAACAUAGCAGGGACAGAAGCCCAGAGGGGACCCCUGCUCUUUGAGGAGCUCCCUCCGGCCAGCAGUACUGACUCAGAUGUUUUAGGUGUUGGACUGUCUUUAAGUUUUGAAUCCAUGGCGUCAGGGCCAGGGGGACCUUUGCUUUUUGAUGGCCUCCCACCUGCUGGCAGUGGUGAUCCAGGUUCCCUUGCCACAUCCGUGUCCCAGUCGGGGAGGAGUGACGGGAAGGGAGCAAAGCGGAAGACCUCCGAGGAAGAGAACGGCAGUGAAGAGCUUGUGGAAAAGAAAGUUUGUAAAGCCUCGUCGGUGAUCUUCGGUCUGAAGGGCUAUGUGGCCGAGCGGAAGGGUGAGAGGGAGGAGAUGCAGGACGCCCACGUCAUCCUGAAUGACAUCACCGAGGAGUGCAGACCUCUGUCAUCCCUCAUCACCCGGGUUUCAUAUUUCGCUGUGUUUGAUGGACACGGAGGAAUUCGAGCCUCAAAAUUUGCUGCACAGAAUCUGCAUCAGAACUUAAUCAGGAAAUUUCCUAAAGGAGAUGUGAUCAGUGUGGAGAAGACCGUGAAGAGAUGCCUCUUGGACACGUUUAAGCAUACUGAUGAAGAGUUCCUUAAACAAGCUUCGAGCCAGAAGCCUGCCUGGAAGGACGGGUCCACUGCCACGUGUGUCCUGGCUGUGGACAACAUCCUGUACAUCGCCAACCUUGGAGACAGCCGGGCCAUCCUGUGUCGUUACAACGAGGAGAGUCAGAAACAUGCAGCCUUAAGCCUCAGCAAGGAGCAUAACCCCACCCAGUAUGAAGAACGAAUGAGAAUACAGAAGGCUGGAGGGAAUGUCAGGGAUGGGCGUGUCCUGGGUGUGCUAGAGGUGUCUCGUUCCAUUGGAGACGGGCAGUACAAGCGCUGUGGGGUCACAUCUGUGCCAGAUAUCAGACGCUGCCAACUGACGCCCAAUGACAGGUUCAUCUUGCUGGCCUGUGACGGGCUCUUCAAGGUCUUCACUCCGGAAGAAGCCGUGAACUUCAUCUUGUCCUGCCUUGAGGACGAGAAGAUACAGAGCCGGGAAGGCAGGCCCGCCGUGGACGUCCGCUAUGAAGCUGCCUGCAACAGGCUGGCCAGCAAGGCGGUGCAGCGCGGCUCCGCCGACAACGUCACCGUGAUGGUGGUGCGGGUAGGGCCGUGAGGCCCCGCGCGGCCGGGGCACGCGUGCUCCUCCCGUGUGCGUGCUCAUUGUGUUCUGUGUCCUGCGGGCGCCCGUGGUUGUAAAUAAAGGCUGCUUUCUUUUUCCCUCCCUA